AUGGCAGCGCCGGUGAUUCGAGUGUUUAGUUCAGAGUCGCAGGUUGCAGAAAAUCUAUGUGAACUUGUCGCCACGAAAGCGAAUGCUGCUAUAAAGGACAGGGGAAUCUUUACUAUAGCUGUAUCUGGUGGCAGUGCUGCCAAGUUUCUGUGUGAUGGACUGCCUCAGGUAGCUACUGAUUGGUCCAAAUGGCGUGUGUUCUUCUGUGACGAGAGACAUGUUCCUUUCUCAGACCCAGAGUGCACUUACAGCUUCUACAAGACAAACUUACUGCCGAAGGUAGCACUGUCAACAGACCAUAUUUUCCCACUGAACCCUGAGUUAACGGUUGAGCAGGCAGCAGAUGACUACGAGCAAAAGCUCCACAGAGUGUUUACGGAUGGGGGGCUGCCCAGGUUUGAUGUGUUGGUUCUGGGCAUGGGACCAGAUGGCCAUACCUGUUCCUUGUUUCCCGGCCAUCCUUUGCUACAGGAAAGCAAAAGAAUUGCGGCCCCUAUCAGUGACUCCCCCAAGCCACCACCCCAGCGAGUGACCCUCACCUUUCCAGUAAUCAACAAUGCAUCUUGUGCGAUUUUUGCUUCUUGUGGCGCUGGGAAAGCUGAUAUUGUCCAGCAAGUUCUAGAAGGCCAGUCGGACGACCCGCUUCCUGCUGCCAGGGUCAGACCUACAGAUGGAGAGGUUAUCUGGAUACUCGACCAGGGGGCAGCUUCCAAGCUGAAGCAAGCAUCGUAUAAACUCUGA